AGCCAUUGAUGACCCUAUUGAAAAGGCGCAGGCGGCAGCUCGGGGCUGCACUCGGGGCCGGCGGCUGCAGCUCGUUGGCACCUUCCCCCUCCCUUAAUUGCUCCUCAGCCAACUCCAUGUGAGCCCGGCCGGGUACAAAUAGCCCCGCGCCGCGUUCCCCCCCCACACCGCGCACCUCGCCCACGCCGCACUCCCGUUCAGUUGGGCGGUGGCCAGCCCGCCCCGCACCCUCCCGGGCAGCACCAGGGCACCCAGCCUGGACACCAUCUCCGCACCUAGCUGCACCCCGGAGCCUUUUGUUAGUUGGUCACCCACAGGCACCAUUUCCAAGCCCAGCCCAGGACCGCAGCUCCCCCGAGAGCCUCCUGCCCCCAAGAGAGCCAAGCCCGGGGGAAGCCCUGCGAUCCCUGGACAAAGAAGCUACAAAGAACCCAGGACCGUCCACUCAGCCCCCUGCACCCCCGCCAUGAGCAACCUCAACAAGGAGAGCGAGCACAGUAACAGCAGCAACAACAUCGAGGAGGAGGUACGGACACUCUUUGUCAGUGGCCUUCCUGUGGACAUCAAACCCAGAGAGCUCUACUUGCUCUUCCGACCGUUCAAGGGCUAUGAAGGGUCACUGAUCAAACUAACAUCAAAACAGCCAGUUGGUUUCGUUACCUUUGAUAGCCGAGCUGGUGCUGAAGCAGCAAAGAAUGCCUUAAAUGGCAUCCGCUUCGACCCAGAGAACCCCCAGACCUUGCGGUUGGAGUUUGCCAAAGCCAACACCAAGAUGGCGAAAAGCAAGCUGAUGGCCACACCGAACCCCACCAACAUCCACCCUGCCCUGGGCGCACACUUCAUCGCACGGGACCCCUAUGCGCUGGUAUCCUCCCUCCGAAGCUACCCAGCAAGGAUGGAAGUCUCGUCAGUUUUGUUAGUUCUUCACUGGCAUGGAGAAUCAUUAAAGGGAAUGAAGAGUAAGUGUGUAAAAACUGAAGAUCCUGGUAGUAAACGUUGAGUCCCAACUUUACCACCUGAGCAGGAAGGAGGCAGCCUGUCACCUGCUGUGUCCUAUGGUGAGGGUGAACACAUUAUCUGCCCCGCAGGUAAUCUCAAUGGCCUGGUAAAUGAAUUAAGAGCAAUGCUCAGUGUGCCCUGUCUCUUAUGUUCCAGAGUGUCUCUUCUUGGCUUGUUCCCUUCUUUGUCUCUCCAUGGAACGAUGUGCCAGGGAUGAAGUAAUGGAUCCAACAAAAUCCAUUUUGGUUUGUGGACACUCCGCAGUAACCUCACAUUUCUCCCGGUAUGGAGUUGUGGGCUUCCCUGUUAGACUGUGAAUAUAUCCAUACCCACCCAGCUCAGUGGACUGCAUUCUGCCUGUCCUCUCCCCCGCUUCCCCUCCCAACAGAUUCCCAGACUGAGUUUCUCCUUCCUGUGCCACUGAAGCCUAGAUGGAGGGACUCAAUCCUGGUGGUAACAGACGGGUUCAUCCCUACCAAGACACUGGUGCCAAAUGAGGCCUAGCUGUACAGAGCAAUACCCAGGCUGCCUUGCCCUCAACUUUAUGCAGCUCUGCUGAAGGAAAUGAAAGACAAUCAGUUUUGCAUGUUUUCUGGCAUGAAUUUAAAACACUUAACUUUGUGUAUGUGUGAGUGUGUAAGUUUGUUCUAGCAUUUGUGUAACUGUAGCAACAGGUCUUGGCCUAACUCUUGAUCUAGCAAGGUUUUUCAUCUUGCUUCUGUGAAGACUUGGCUUUCAAAAAUACUAUCCUUGUCUCACCCCUACUUGUCCACCUCCCCAGCCCUGCAUUCUCCAGUCUGACCAGAAGAUUUGAAAAAUGUUUGUUUAGAGUACAAUGCACUGGGUUUCUUUUCUUGUCCGGUCUCUUCUCUUGUUUUUAAAGUCAGGGUUAUCUUUUUUUUCCCCUCAGACUUUAUAUAGAACAGCUGUAAAAUAUCUAACUUUUUUCUUCCCUCCCCUGCCCCCCCAUUCUUCUGAUUGGAGAGAUUCCAGUGUUGCCAAAUCAACUAUCCUUAUGGGAGUUCAGAACAAAAAGUACGAGUAUUUUUGUACCAUCUGUAAUAAGGAAAUAUUUAUGCAUCAUAAAGAAUUUUUGUGUGUUUUUUCGUGUGCAAUUAUUAAAGAGAAACUGUAAUCCGGUAAGAUAAGUUAAUGUUUAGUUAAAAGCUUGAAAGAAAAGUUUUUUCUGUAACAAUGAUUCCGUCAGGCGUAGUAAACGAGAAACUGUGCAAUUUUUGUUUUUUAUUUUAGCAUCUUAUUGCUUGGUAUUGAAGUGCUUAAGUAUUCUAUACAACCAUGGCUGUCUUGCUUGUAUUAAGACUUCUGAGAAUAAGUUGCUAUAGAAUUGCUGAUCCUAUGAGAAUGUGAAACUGGAUAAUAUAUGAAAUGCAAAAAAUAUACCCAGAGGCUGCUGUGACUCUC